UGGUUUCGAUUUCAUAUUUGUCACAAUGACUGAUUUUAAUCAAAUAACAUCGAAAUUUAAUACAUUGGUAUUGUGAUUCGGACUGGAUAUAAGGAUUAUUGAUAUUGAAUUUAAAUCUGGAGUAUUUCUAAUAUAAAUUGAUUUCAAUAUAUAUGCUCCUGACAUUUAAAUCUAUUUGUUAGUCAUGUGUGUGUAAUCAUGGCGCACGGUGAAAAUAACGCCAAAGUGAUUAUAUUUUAUGACAGUGGAGACGACAACGAAACGUCUAAAAGUGAGGCAAAACAAUUGAGGUUCUUUAUUGAAAAGAAUGGCUACACAUGUCAAACUGACGACGAAAUAAGGAUACCUGGAACCGAAGUUAUACAAACUAUUCACAAUUCAAUUAAUCAUAAUGACAGAAUAAUAAUUCUAAUAACAGAUCAAUCUGCUUCAAAAGGAUGGUUCACAUUUGCAGUUUUGUCUGCAUUAGAAAACAUUAUUGUGGAAAAUCGCAUGAGACUUUUGGUCGCAUACAAAGGAAAUCGACGUGAAGAUGUUGGAUUUCUGAAAACCGGAUUGCUGUCGUUGACGCCCAAGACGUUUGUCGACCUCAAUGAAUGGCAGGGAUAUGACAGGCUUCUCAAACAACUGCAAACUCCGGUGUGUUUGGACGAAGAAUUACCAGCGGGAAACUUGCAUCUUGGCUUAGUCCAUUCCCAUUUAUCCGGUUACAUGUGCUAUGUUGCUGAAGAGUUUGCAACGAACAAGAAUUGGUCGGAGAAAUGCAAUGGUUACAGAGAACAAAAUAAACUACUGAUUGGAAAAUUUCUGCUGGCUGUACCGAAAACCUGCACUGUCCCACAGCAGCUUCCAUCAAAUUCAGCAGCAGACAUUGUUAUUUCGAAUGCGGAUACAUUUAAGUUUAAGAGAAUACACGCGGGUAAAGACAGAGAUUAUGUCGUUACAAUCAACCAGAUAAAGCACGCGAACAACGAGAUGUACUUUUGUGCCCAGGUACCAACUGUGAUCACUGCAAUAUCACAUCUUGCAAAGCAGCACCUAUGGCGCACCAAAGGGGUCGAAACUUUAACUUCUGCUCGAGCAGAAAAAAAUGCUGCUCGAGCAGCAUUAAAAUGCUGCUCGAGCAGGAUAUUGCUGCUCGAGCAGCAAUUUACUGGUCGAGCAGCAUUUCAAUGCUGCUUGAGCAGCAAAAUUCCUGCUCGAGCAGCAAUAUGCUGCUCGAGCAGCAUUUAUUUUUAGAAUAAGCCAUUGAACCCGUCAGCCAAUCAAAUUUGAGCUUACAAACGGACGACAUUAGCUAUCUCUACGGAAACGAAAUAGACCGGUGAAGCGUCAAUAACAGUCAAUAUUGUCAGAUCGUGAGAUUUGACGAUUUUCACAGUACCCUCGUGAUAUUGCUCCGAUCAGUUGCCGUGAAAAAUGUCAGAUUGAUGAAAAAUAAUAUUUAACGCAUUGUUGUUUCAAUUCAACUUAAUUUCGCGUUUUAACAGCUCGCAGUUAUUUUCGGACAUCUUUUUUUUCGGACGUUGAACCUAAACACAUUGUUCACAACAAAGAUAUCAAAACAGUAGUUCUAACACCAUGCAAACAUUUGAAUUUUAAAACGAUUUUCGUUUUAAAUGCUAUAUAUAUCGAUGAUGUACAUGCAUUACGUUGUAAAGAAAUA